GACUUGACGGCAAGGACGAGCAAGCCCUGUGCUCUAGGCCUCCGGGACUACUUCCCCUACUGGCACCAAGGCGGGCAGCAUGGGCCUUUCGGCAAACCCCUCCUAGUGGACACCCGGGAUCAUCAUCGCCACCACAUCUUCUUCGACGACAACAUCCUCUUGGAUGACUUGGACACAAAGAUCGUAGAUGUGCGAGACAAGACCGGGCGGGAGAUCUGGCCCGUCUAUGCGCAGCGAUACUAUCUCUGCCGGGCGGAGCCUCUGCUGGCGAUCUUGGACGACAGCUACUACGUACGAAAGGUCGAACA